CGCCAGCGCCUGGAGCCCUGACUCUAUGGCCCCGGGGGAGCGCGCCGCAGCCGCCGCGCCGCCCACCACCAGCCGGAGCCCGAGCACCAGCGGGAGGAGGAGGGCAGCCCCGGGCGCCGCCGGCACCGGCCCAGGGGCCCGCCCGCGGCCUCCACCCCCGCUGCGGGGAAUGGGAGGCAGGUAGCCGGCUGGCGCGAGGACACCGGCGGCGGGCAGGCCCCGCCGAGGACCGCGAAGCUCACAGCUAGGGAGGAGAGCAGCUGCCCGCCCGCCCCCGGCCGCAGCCUCACCAGGGCCCUCCCCUGGCGGCGCGCACCCGCGCGCGCACACCCGCACACAGGACCUCCGCUCCGCCCGGCCUCGCCGGCCCCCGCCAGCGCCGAACCCCUGGGGCCAGAUGCCAUGGGUAACAACUUCUCCAGUAUCCCCUCUCUGCCCCGAGGAAACCCGAGCCGGGCGCCGCGGGGCCACUCCCAGAACCUCAAAGACUCCAUUGGGGGCCCUUUCCCCGUCACCUCUCACCGAUGCCACCACAAGCAGAAGCACUGCCUGCCGGUGCUGCCCGGCGGGGGGCUCCCGGCCACGCCGCUGCUGUUCCACCCGCACACCAAGGGCUCCCAGAUCCUCAUGGACCUCAGCCACAAGGCCGUCAAGAGGCAGGCCAGCUUCUGCAACGCCAUCACCUUCAGCAACCGCCCGGUCCUCAUCUACGAGCAAGUCAGGCUGAAGAUCACCAAGAAGCAGUGCUGCUGGAGCGGGGCCCUGCGGCUGGGCUUCACGAGCAAGGACCCGUCCCGCAUCCACCCCGACUCGCUCCCCAAGUACGCCUGCCCUGACCUGGUGUCCCAGAGCGGCUUCUGGGCCAAGGCGCUGCCCGAGGAGUUUGCCAACGAGGGCAACAUCAUCGCCUUCUGGGUGGACAAGAAGGGCCGCGUCUUCCACCGCAUCAACGACUCAGCCGUCAUGCUCUUCUUCAGCGGGGUCUGCACGGCCGACCCGCUCUGGGCCCUGGUGGACGUCUACGGCCUCACGCGGGGCGUCCAGCUGCUUGACAGCGAGCUGGUGCUGCCCGACUGCCUACGGCCGCGCUCCUUCACCGCACUGCGGAGGCCGUCGCUGCGGCGCGACGCGGACGAGGCGCGCCUCUCGGUGAGCCUGUGCGACCUCAACGUGCCGGGCGCCGACGGCGACGACGGCGCGCCAGCCGCCGGCUGCCCCAUCCCGCAGAACUCGCUCAACUCGCAGCACAGCCGCGCGCUGCCCGCGCAGCUCGACGGCGACCUCCGCUUCCACGCGCUGCGCGCCGGCGCGCACGUCCGCAUCCUCGACGAGCAGACGGUGGCGCGCCUGGAGCACGGGCGCGACGAGCGCGCGCUCGUCUUCACCAGCCGGCCGGUGCGCGUGGCCGAGACCAUCUUCGUCAAGGUCACGCGCUCGGGCGGCGUGCGGCCCGGCGCGUUGUCCGUGGGCGUCACCACGUGCGACCCGGGCUCGCUGCGGCCCGCGGACCUGCCCUUUAGCCCCGAGGCCCUGGUGGACCGCAAGGAGUUCUGGGCCGUGUGCCGCGUGCCCGGGCCCCUGCACAGCGGCGACAUCCUGGGCCUGGUGGUGAACGCCGACGGCGAGCUGCACCUCAGCCACAACGGCGCGGCCGGCGGCAUGCAGCUGUGCGUGGACGCCUCGCAGCCGCUCUGGAUGCUCUUCGGCCUGCACGGCGCCGUCACGCAGAUCCGCAUCCUCGGCUCCACCAUCCUGGCAGAGCGGGGCGUCCCGUCACUCCCCUGCUCCCCUGCCUCCACGCCAACCUCGCCCAGCGCCCUGGGCAGCCGCCUCUCUGACCCCUUGCUCAGCACAUGCAGCUCUGGACCGCUGGGAAGCUCUGCUGGCGGGACGGCCCCCAACUCACCAGUGAGCCUGCCUGAGUCGCCAGUGACCCCAGGCCUGGGCCAGUGGAGCGAUGAGUGCACCAUUUGCUAUGAACACGCGGUGGACACGGUCAUCUACACGUGUGGUCACAUGUGCCUCUGCUACGCCUGUGGCCUGCGCCUCAAGAAGGCCCUGCACGCCUGCUGCCCCAUCUGCCGCCGCCCCAUCAAGGACAUCAUCAAGACCUACCGCAGCUCCUAGCCCGCCGCGGCGGCCCAUCCCGCACACCCACCUCCCGACUUCAGCCCAGCUCUGGCUGGGGGGCAGGCCGGCAGGGCCCUUUCUCUUCCUCGUUCUGGAAACUUUUUCCUUCUCCAUUAAAUAUGGGUAACUGAGGCCCGUGAAGGUCUUGGGGGAAAGGGAGUAUCAGGCAGGGAGGUAGGGGGCAGAGGGGAAGGGAGGAGGCUGUACUUUCCCUCUCUCUCCCUUCUCUGCACCCAGCUCUUCCAUGUAUGCUGAGGGGCUAAACUGGGGUCUCAGCCUGUUCUAAUCCUCCCCCAUCUGGGGCAGAUUUCUAGAAGGCACCUUUGCGAGAAUUGGAAAACAUAUACCUUCCUUGGGGCAGACAUAGCUCUGGGCCAGGUCACACGGCUUGGCUAUUGGAGUGUGGACUGGGUUUUAGCCCUUGAACAGUGCACAACCUCCUCAACUGCAGCCCUGCCCUGGGCAGACAGCUCCUGAGCUGCUGUCUCCCACUCUGACCUCUGCCCACCUUCUCUUUCCUUUCUUCCCUGCCCACUGGGCCUGGCAGCUGAGGGUAAGAAGGCCAGCAGAUCCUUCCAACCAGCAAACUGCAGCCUCCACGCCAUGUCUCUCUCGCACCCACCCAGAUGGGUGGAUGGACGGCUGCAGAGGGCUCUGCUGGCCUGUGGCUCUGUGGCCCUUCCUGGCCACAGCCUUCCCACCCCAGUCAUCUCGCUGGACCCCGUUGCCCGGAGGUAGCCCUUUGGUGUGGGCUGCGGUCUGUCAGGGCAGGGUCUCUAAGAACAGGUGUGCAGCUGCCCUCUGACCUGUCCUCCCACGGCUCAGCGCCGUCCUGGGCCUGGGCUGAUGCUCAGAGGCUGCAGAAUGCCCGGGAGGGGCCAGGGCCCUGGGUUAAGGGGAGGCGAGGAAGGCAUCAUCCGUUAUCCCCGGGUUGGAUGAGUUGCUUUCCUGGGCUGAGACCAGCCUUUUCCUUUAUUUAUUUAUUUAUUUGGUUUGUG